CUCAUUGCUUCAACAUAAACAAAGAGAUGACUACUUUCAAACUAAGCUUGGCAUUGUUUCUGCUCAUUGCCUUUUCUUCCAGCUUAUUGGUGACUUGUGAAGCUAGAAAAGGCAGGCAUCAUCAAUGGAGGAAACACCGAGUGGCGCGAAGGGGUUACCGAGAUCAACAUCAGCACCAUCAUCACUCAUCAGGGCAUACUGUGUCUGCUUUGAAAAGUGACAAUUACAUCACACAAGAAGAUACUAAAGUAAGUACUGCAGCGGCCAAGAAUAGUCCCAUCUACAAUGUAUUGGACUACGGUGCUAAAGGAGAUGGGAAGGCAGAUGACACUAAGGCUUUCGCAGUAGCGUGGGCUGCAGCGUGCAAAGUGCAAGGAUCAACAGUCACUGUUCCAUCUGGUUCUGUAUUCCUUGUCAAACCUAUCUCCUUCGCAGGCCCUAAUUGUCAGACAGACAUUGUUUUUCAGUUAGACGGAAAAAUUAUAGCUCCGACAGGCGCGGGAGCUUGGGGUUCAGGCCUUCUACAAUGGCUUGAGUUCACAAAGCUUCAAAGACUUACAAUCAGAGGUAAAGGUGUGAUCGAUGGACAAGGUGCAGUUUGGUGGAACGACUCCCCCACAUACAAUCCUACAGAUGAAACAGCAGAGAAUAGUACAGAAGAUUCGCAGACCGUAGAUAGUUACAGUGGAAAAAUGCCAAGAACAAAACCAACAGCGCUUAGGUUCUAUGGAAGCAACGGUGUGACAGUCACGGGCAUAACACUCCAGAACAGCCCUCAAACUCACCUCAAGUUUGACUCCUGCACUAAUGUACAAGUUUCUGCCGUAACUGUUUCGUCCCCCGGCGACAGCCCCAACACUGACGGAAUCCACCUUCAAAACUCCCAGGAUGUGGUCAUUUCCGGCGCAAGCCUUGCUUGUGGGGAUGAUUGUAUAUCAAUACAAACUGGGUGCUCAAACGUAUACAUACACAAUGUAAACUGUGGACCUGGACAUGGAGUCAGCAUUGGUGGGCUAGGAAAGGAUGCCACCAGAGCUUGUGUGUCAAACAUCACCGUUCGAGAUGUUAAACUGCAGAAUACGCUCAAUGGAGUCAGAAUUAAGACCUGGCAGGGAGGAUCAGGGUCAGUGAAAAAUGUCAUGUUUGCAAACAUUCAAGUAUCUGAAGUUGAAUUCCCUAUCAUGAUUGAUCAAUUCUACUGUGACAAGGGGCAUUGCGCAAACAAGACCUCAGCUGUGGCAGUUUCCGGUAUAAACUACGUAAACAUUCAGGGAACCUAUACAUCAAAACCUGCACAUUUUGCAUGUAGUGACAGUAUACCAUGUACCGGUGUAUCCCUAGACACCAUAGAACUGAAAUCAGUUCAAUCAGGGAAGCACUUGUAUGACCCUUUCUGCUGGGAGGCAUAUGGAGAUCUCAAGACAAACACUCUACCCCCGAUCGAUUGUUUGAUGAAAGGAAAGCCAUCUUCAAGCAUCAGCUCAGUCCAGUCUGCAGCUGGUGGUUAUUCUUGCUAAGUUUAUCCCUUAUGUAAUGUAGCCUAGGGAGCAACUAGUAUAGAUUAUACUACGAUAAACACGCCUUUAGGUAUAACCAGCAAUUGUGUCGUUUACUGCUCGGAACAUUUUGGUUCAUAUAAGUGGCCUUUGAAAUUAUUCAAAUUAACUAUCAAUUAUAAGAAAUCUACUUGUUACCCAUGAGAGUUGAAGUGUAAAAUAUCAUUCAACAGCGUACCAGGCAGUGUCCUGUUAUGGUUUUGACUGGUGCCUUGGUGGCGAGUGGUGACACUAAUUUAAAACACCAAUCAGGAGACUAACAGUUUAGGUGAUUGAAUUUAAGUGAGACCAGCUAAGGUCAAGUUUGGGUUUGACAUUCUAUCCCAUAUCUAAGAUAUACUUUACUGUUCAAUCAAUUUUAUAUGACAAUAAUGUAAUCUUAUGCCUAUGAGGAAUUCUUAGUGUGCCUAAA